AUGGGAGUGAAGAGCCCCAGCAAUCUUCCUCAGUCUUCACCCAUGUUUGCUCAGAAGAAAGCCUCCGCAAGCACCCAGCAUACUGUUGGGGGCCCCUGCGCGGAGCAAGGAAUCAGCAACUUCGCAGUGAAGAUGUACUUUGUACAAGAGAUGCAUCAAAGCUUACAGAUGCUUCAGGAGGUAGUCCUGGCACUAGAAGCCAACUUUGAUGAUCUGACUGCUGUGAGAAAGGUCAUAACAGCUGAGCUGACCAGCAGCAGCAGGAAUCUCUACCAUUUUGCAUCUGACUGCAAGAUGUCUCAUGAAACCCAGCCACUUGCUGCUGCCUCAGGGACUCCCAAGGAGAAUCAUGUAGCUGCAGUUUCCUCUGAGAGCAAGGAAAAGGAAGAACAGAAUACAGCUGGGCUGGGAGAGGAACUGCAAUUGCUCAAGUCAUCUUAUGAUAUUGUUUCUUCUGCCCCUGCCCCCUCUGAAGAGACUCACCCAUCUGUCAGAAGCAAGCAUGGUGCAGCGGAAGCAGAAGUGAAGACCUUGGCUAGGUCUGCCGCUGCUGUGGCACAGCCAGUUCUGACUAGACUUGAAACUGAGAUUGCAACAGUGAAGGAAUAUGUUUACCUCGGACAGGAGAAAUUGGAAGACAAGCUGCCAAACCUGCAAGAACCAGAUGACAAGGUUCUCUCUGGCACCAAAGAGAUGGUGUCACUCAGCAUGACUGGUGCUGAAGAUGCUGCGAUCAGAGUGGCAGAGUUGGAGGCAGCCAGGGAGGUUGUUCAGAGAGUCCUGGAGUCUGCUAGGUCCCUGGUAACCAGCCAGGAUAUGGCAGUGGAUUGCAGGGCACGCGAGGUCACUGACAGAAGUGUGGAAGCUGUGCCAGGAAAAUCAGGUCACUAUUUCCCCAUCACAGAGGAGGAACUAGCUGACCUCGUGGUCUCUGUGGAGGGGACUGAAGGGACAGCUGUCCAUCAGCAGUUAGACCAUCAGGGCUGUUUUGUACAACUGACCUCCUUGCCCACUCAUCUGCAUCAAAAAGCCUACCAGUGCUUCUUAGCCAAAGUGAGGCAGAUCAAGAUGGUCAUGCAGGAGACUUUCUCACAGUUGCAGUACGUCAUUGAGCUGAUUGAUUGUGUCAAGCAGGGUAUUGAUCAGAAGCUUCAAAAGGGGCAGGAGAAGCUGCACCAGAUGUGGCUGACCUGGAACAAGAAGCAGCCGAAAGAAAGAGAAGACGCAACUUCCUUGGAGCUGAAGCGGCUGGAGGUCCAGAUUCUGGCCAUGUCUUGUGACAUCACCCAGCAACUGCAGCACACUCUCCAGACUCUACUGGCCAACAUCCAAGGCUUCCCAUCCAGCAUCCAGGACAAGAUGCAGCAGGUACAGCAGGAAUUACAAGAGACCCACAACUCCUUCCAGGCUGCUGCUUCUUUCCAAGACCUGUCCAGGAACAUCCUGACCCAGAAACACCAUUUAAUGAACACAGCCCAGGAGUGCAUGGAUGAACUGCUGGAGUAUGUGGAACAUAAUAUACCUCUUGCCUGGCUUGUGGGACCUUUUACACCAUCUUCUGGAGCCUCUGUAGGAUCACAAGAAGGGACAAAAGAGAAGGAAGAUGAGGAGAAUAAGCCCUCUGAUACCUAA